AUGGCCAGCCCGCCUGCACAGCCCACUGUGGCUGACGCUGUCCGCCUCAUGGAUGCGCUCCGCAUGCCGUCGGGGACCGCACUCCGAACCACGCACAAGAUCACGCCCGCUGCCACGGGGUGCUUGAAUCACAGCACUGCUGCAACUUCGGCUGCCAGCGGUCCUGGUGGCACGACACGGCGGUCGACGAAACCAACAGAAUCGGGUCGUGUGCCGAACCUGCCGGCUGAAAUCAUCUUUCAGAUCGGCACGCAUCUCGCACCGUCGCGCAUCCAUACCACGAGCUCGCUGCCCUGCGCGCAUACAGAUGCGCUUCCGUGCACGGCUACGGCGGGCGUGGGAUUAUCGGCGUUGCUUGGGCUGGCAUCUGCAUCGCGCAGCUUCCACAAUACGCUCGUGCCGCUCAUCUGGCACACGCUCACCAUCCGCACGCCCCAGACACUUCCACGUCUUUCCUCUCUGCUAGCCGCCUACGACACAAUGUCGCUCCGCUCGCGUCUCGGUCAGGAGGGAGGGUUGAGGCAUCCGCUGGGGCACAUUCGCAGCAUCGUCGUGGCGCUGCCGGACAAGUACGCCGAGCUGGACCAGACGUAUCUGCUGGCGCUCCUGCGCGCCAUGGAUUUACCCCGCACCAGGCAGGUGGAGCAUCUAGCGUGGUCGGCAGAGUGCGCACCCAGUCCCGCACUCUGGCCGUUGCUCGCCAAGUCGCUGCGCAGCCUCGAGGUGGAUGGGCGCAUGUUUUAUCAAGGCCACAGCGGUUGGGCGAGUCUAGAGGGGUUGGAGGUGCUUAGGAUGACGGGGUACGAUAGCACGCUCCUGCCAAAAGGCGCCGUGGAGGUGAUUAGAGCAAGAGCCGAUUCGAUGUUGCAGGAUCUGGUUAGCGAGGUUCCGAAAGAGCAAGUGUUGCAGCGAGUACCACGUCGAACAGCUCAGCAUCUGUAUCUCGAUGCGUCUCCCACCGACGACCCUGCACCUGCUCCUGGUCCAGUGUCGACGGGGAUGAGUAGGUUGCGACAUCUGAGCCUAUCCUCAUCCAAAACAUCGCUUCUCCACCAAGCAUCGCUCAUCUCCGCAGGGUGUUUCGUCGGCCUCACCUGUCUCGACCUCUACGCCGUCACACCCGAACCUCCACUCUCGCUCGCCAUCCUUUCAGCCGCUGCGACACUCACGCACCUCCGACUUGUACUCGACAUCAGUGGAGCUUUCGGCCACUUUGACGCGCUCUGGACCACGCUCACCGCCCACCUCCCGCACCUGCUCGUGCUCGAGAUCGAUCCCAUGCCGCAGCAAAACACCGCGCCCAGUUUCGGCGGCUUCGUCGAAUCCUGCCCGCGCUUGCGGCGCAUCAACGGCCGCAGCCUAGACGCCUUUCCGCCGUGUUUCGGCGACUUUGACCCCUCACACCCGUCUGGAGCUCUUCCGUACUAG